UUGAGUCGCAAACUCAGCUUAAGAUCUCCCUGAACCCAAUCUCGAUGGAUAUUAAUUGAAUCUAUUGACUUGGGUUUCGUCUCAUCAGAAAAUCGAACCCAAGUUGUGAGAGCUUCGUGUUCCUGAUGCUUAAAAUCUUGAAUCUUUCGACAUCUUCUCGGUACGUGCCAGUGACGAGAUUAUGGCUUCAACUGCGUUGUUUCUGCUCAUCUUCUUCAUUAUCAUCAUCGUCGUCUUCUUCUUCUCUUUCUGUGCCUAGCGAUGACCAUAUCGUCCGUCUCAUUCUAGACCAGAAAUCACCUUCAGGAGCUCUAGAAACGUUUCAAUGGGCCUCGACUUUCCCUGGGUUUAUCCAUUCUCGUUCCACUUACCGUGCUCUGUUUCAUAAGCUUUGUGUUUUCCGCCGUUUCGAAACUGUCUACCAACUGCUCGAUGAAAUGCCCGGAUCGAUUGGUUUGCCUCCGGAUGAUGCCAUCUUCAUAACUAUCGUCAGAGGCUUUGGUCGCGCUAAAUUGACCAAACAGGUGAUCAGUGUCGUUGAUCUUGUUUCGAAAUUUGGGAUCAAACCAUCUCUGAAAGUUUUCAAUUCGAUUCUUGACGUUCUGGUAAAGGAAGACAUCGACAUAGCCAGAGAGUUUUUCAGGAGGAAGAUGAUGGCUAGUGGGAUCCAAGGUGAUGAGUACACAUAUGGGAUUUUGAUGAAAGGUCUUUGCUUGACGAAUAGGAUUGGCGAUGGUUUCAAGCUCCUUCAGAUCAUGAAGACACGUGGUGUUACUCCAAACACUGUGAUAUAUAACACAUUGCUUUAUGCUCUUUGUAAGAACGAGAAAGUUGGGAGAGCCAGGAGUUUGAUGAGCGAAAUGAAGGAACCAAAUGAUGUAACUUUCAACAUCUUGAUAUCUGCUUACUGCAACGAGCAGAAGUUGGUUCAGUCGUUGGUGCUUCUGGAGAAAUGCUUCAGUUUGGGUCUUGUUCCCGACGUUGUCACGGUAACUAAGGUGAUGGAUGUUCUCUGCAAUGAAGGACGUGUAUCUGAGGCACUCGAGGUUCUAGAGAGAGUGGAAAGCAAAGGAGGUAAAGUCGACAUUGUAGCUUGUAACACCUUGGUGAAGGGGUAUUGUGCGCUAGGGAAAGUGAGAGUAGCUCAACGCUUCUUCAAAGAGAUGGAGAGAAAGGGAUACUUGCCUAAUGUGGAAACAUACAAUUUGUUGAUUGCUGGAUUUUGUGAUGUUGGAAUGUUGGAUUCAGCUCUGGACACUCUCAACGACAUGAAGACAGAUGCGGUUAGAUGGGACUUUGCUACGUUUAACACGUUGAUAAAAGGUCUAUCAGUAGGAGGGAGGGUUGACGAUAGUUUAAAGAUAUUAGAACUAAUGGAGGACAGCGAAAACGUUCAUGGGGCCAGAAUUGAUCCAUACAACAGUGUUAUCUAUGGCUUUUACAAGGAAAACCGUUGGGAGGAAGCUCUGGAAUUCCUGUUAAAGAUGGAGAAAUUGUUUCCAAGGGCUGUUGACAGAAGCUUUAAGUUGAUAAAUUUAUGUGAGCAAGGCGGCGUGGAUGAUGUAAAGACAGCGUAUGAACAAAUGAUUGAAGAAGGAGGAGUCCCUAAUGUUAUAGUAUCCCAUUGCCUGAUUCAUAGAUAUUGCCAAGAAGGCUACAUGGAAGAAACACUUGAGCUUAUAAACGAUAUGGUGACCAGAGGCUGUUUGCCUCGAUCCGCAACAUUCAAUGCUGUGGUUAUCGGGUUUUGUAAGCAAGAUAGAGUCAUGAGUGGCAUCAAGUUUGUGGAAGACAUGGCUGAAAGAGGUUGCGUACCUGAUGGAGAAAGCUACAAUCCGUUGCUCGAAGAAUUGUGCGUGAAGGGUGAUUUUCAGAAUGCUUGGUUGACUUUCUCACGAAUGGUGAAGAAGGGUAUUGUCCCUGAUUUUUCUAUGUGGAGUUCACUGAUGUUUUCUCUUAACCAGAAAACGGCGAUCCACUUAAAUACCUUAUUGCAGGACAUAAUCGAAAGUUGAAACUAGAGGCAUUGCCAUCCUUAUAUGCUUGUUGGGCUCGAACUUUGGGUCUUGUCGUCUUGAUAGUGCAUCUGCAACAAAUACAGAGAAGGCUCUACACUGGGAAGCAGCGAGAUAAAUAAAGAUGAUG